ACUUUUGCCUCUUGUUUUGUUUAUCGUCGUCUUUUUUUCCAGGAAAAUCCGAAUCCUAAACCCUAGCUCUGGGAAAACAAAAUCUGAUAACUAAAGUAAAAAAAAAAAUGGCUUUGUUGAGAGGUCGCACAGCUUCUUUGAACCUCUUCAAUAGGCUUCUCCAUCAAUCGUUUCGUGCUCCAAAUCGCAAUCUCUCUUCUGUUGCAGCCGAUGUUCAUAAUCAAUCAACGAUUGAGAAUAUGAAAAGAGAUUUACUUAAUCUUGACAUUAAUUCACAAAUUGGGAGUUGUAUGCCAAUUGCUUCAAUGCGAAUUGGGACCUUUAUCCACAACAUUGAGGUGAACCCAGGUCAAGGCGGAAAGCUAGUCCGGGCGGCUGGAACUUCAGCUAAGAUCCUCAAAGAACCGAAAUCAAGAUACUGUUUGAUUAGAUUGCCAUCAGGUGCUGAAAAGUUGAUUGAUACUCGAUGUCGAGCAACGGUUGGUACGGUGUCGAAUCCUAGCCAUGGAGCUAAGAAGCUUAGGAAGGCUGGACAGAGUCGGUGGUUGGGCAGGAGGCCAGUAGUUAGGGGAGUCGCAAUGAAUCCAGUCGAUCAUCCUCAUGGUGGUGGUGAGGGACGGAGUAAAAGUAGUGGAAGUUACGGGAAGGGUUCGCGGACACCUUGGGGUAAGCCUUGUAAGUGUGGAUUUAAGACUGCUAAAAACAGGCGCAGAAACUAGUUCUGGAUCGUUUUGGCAUUUAGUUGCUUUAUCCAUUUACAACAAUCUGAUUUUCAGGUUUUUGUUGAAUUUUGUUAAGUUAAACAACACCUUGUAUGAAUUGAGGCAUUUAGCUGCUGAAGUUAUAUGGAUGUUCAUGUUUGCACUUCUAUAGGUUAAAAAAUAAUCAUGUUAAUUUCAGGGAACGUUUUCCAUUGGAUCAAUAUUUCAGCUGGUCAAGUAGUCUUAUUACA